AUGCGCCCGAAGCGACUGAGCGCCCCAGCGCUGGGGACACAAAGCCUCAACCUCGAUGACAAGGCACCGCAUUUUGCAUGUCAGGCCUCGUCGGACAUCGAUGGCAGCCCAAUGCCGGCAGCCUUUCACCAUACGAGCACGAUGUCCCUCAACCUCGAUGAAGUGCUGAGAUCCGAAUUCCGUGCAGCCUACGACCAGGAAGCAAACGCGAAGCAUUCCGAUCUCUCUGACGUCUUCAGCAAUGAAUCUGGCCUUGUGGAGCAUUGUUCGCAAGUCAUAGACAGCCAGCUCUUCAUGCUCGUGUUCUUGAUCCUGACGGUCUACGCGCUGUUUGCAACAGACUUGGAUACCCUCCUUGGUACUGUGGACUCAAGAUACGUGCUGAGCAUCGUCACCACGGUGGUGUUCCUCUUGUUCGGAGUCGAGCUGCUGCUUCUGAGUUUGUUCAAGUAUGACUAUGCGUUCCGGGCCUUCUUCUGGCUGGACCUGGUCGCCUUGGUGUCGCUGUUGCCUGAAACGUGGUUUGUGCAGCAGCUUUUUGCCAGUGAUAGCCUGGUGGCUGCCCGCUCCACACGCAUGAUGAAGGCAAUCCGCCUGGUCAUUCGCUCCUCCAAGGCGACAAGACUGAAUCGCUUCACAAGGAUGGUCAGAGUGUCGGCCAUGCUUCCACGGCUCUUUCAGGCUGCUACCAAGAAGCCAGAAGACAGUGGAAAAGACGUCGAAGCUUUGCUCGACCGCAAGCUGCACCGCAUCUUUGUCUACCUAGACAAGGAUCAAGAUGGAAUGGUUAGCGCGGCCCUCGUGGAUGUGAUCGUGCGCCGAAUCAUGCGCAAGAAGAAGCCAAGGCGCAGUCUCACCCGGAUGCUAACCAGGAAUCUUCCGGCUGUACCCGCCAUGCGGCGAGAAAACUCCGGCGUGUCAGAUGUUGGUGGCGUCCUGACAGAGAUUGGAAGCCGGCGAGUGACGGUGAGGAGCGCUUCGUCUGACGAAUGCGAAGGCGUGGACAGCUCACCGACGCGGCGAGUUGGCAACAGCCCGCGGAGCCCGUCUGGCUCGCGGCGAGUAGAGAAACUCCAGACUUUUGCAACUUUGCAAAGUGCAGACAGCGUGAUUUGCAGCCAGAGUCUGGCUGAGGAUGCGGCGAGGCUAGAUUUGGAGGCAUCUCUUGAAGAGGCCGUCAUGUCGCAGCCGACCGAGCCUCUGGGAAAGCAUCGAGUUGCUCCAGACUGCAAUACCUGUGGGGCGCUUUUGUUUGAGAGCCGUUCGGGGUUACCACGGCCUAUUCCGGAGAUCACCAUGUGCCGACUUGUGCACAUGACAUCCAUCCAGUAUGUGGACUGUCCACCAAGCACUACCCCCGGUGACUAG